GGCUCGGGCUUCGAGCUCGCGCUUUCCUGGGGCGGGAUGAAAAAAAAGAGGGCGAGGGGCUGACAGAGCAGGCCUGAGGGAGCCACUUCCUGCAGUUCUUUGGCUGCUCAACACCUUGUUGCCGUUACCCCUUUGCUCCAGGAGAGGCGGGGUCCCUGAAACCAUGGCAAUGACCGGCCCAGCACCUUGCUCAUCUAUGAGCAACCAUACGAAGGAGCGAGUUACAAUGACAAAAGUGACAUUAGAAAAUUUCUACAGUAAUCUGAUUGCACAGCAUGAAGAACGGGAAAUGAGACAAAAGAAGCUAGAAAAGGUGAUGGAAGAAGAAGGCUUGAGAGAUGAAGAGAAAAGGAUGAGAAGGUCCGCACAUGCCCGAAAGGAAACGGAGUUUCUGCGCCUAAAAAGGACAAGACUUGGAUUGGAAGAUUUUGAGUCUUUAAAAGUAAUUGGCAGAGGAGCAUUUGGAGAGGUACGGCUUGUUCAGAAAAAAGAUACAGGACACGUGUAUGCAAUGAAAAUUUUGCGCAAAGCAGACAUGCUUGAAAAAGAGCAGGUUGGCCAUAUUCGAGCAGAGCGUGACAUUCUAGUGGAAGCAGAUAGUUUGUGGGUUGUAAAAAUGUUCUAUAGCUUUCAGGAUAAGCUAAACCUGUAUCUAAUUAUGGAAUUCCUACCUGGAGGAGAUAUGAUGACAUUAUUGAUGAAAAAAGAUACUCUGUCAGAAGAAGAGACUCAGUUUUAUAUAGCAGAGACUGUGCUAGCAAUUGAUUCAAUUCACCAGCUGGGUUUUAUUCAUCGUGAUAUCAAGCCAGAUAAUCUUCUUUUGGACAGUAAGGGACACGUGAAACUGUCAGACUUUGGUCUCUGCACUGGACUAAAGAAAGCACAUAGAACAGAGUUUUAUAGAAACCUGAGCCACAAUCUGCCUAGUGACUUUACCUUUCAGAAUAUGAACUCUAAAAGGAAAGCAGAAACUUGGAAAAGAAACAGACGGCAAUUGGCUUUCUCUACUGUGGGAACUCCAGAUUACAUUGCUCCAGAAGUUUUCAUGCAAACAGGCUACAAUAAACUUUGUGACUGGUGGUCGCUUGGGGUCAUCAUGUAUGAGAUGCUCAUUGGUUACCCUCCCUUCUGUUCAGAGACACCCCAAGAAACAUAUAAGAAGGUGAUGAAUUGGAAAGAGACGCUUAUAUUCCCUCCAGAGGUACCAAUCUCUGAACGAGCCAAAGAUCUUAUUCUAAGGUUUUGCUGUGAAUGGGAACAUCGAAUUGGUGCUCCUGGUGUCGAGGAAAUUAAAACAAAUCCCUUUUUUGAGGGAGUUGACUGGGAGCAUAUCAGAGAGAGACCAGCUGCAAUACCUAUAGAAAUCAAAAGUAUAGAUGAUACAUCAAACUUUGAUGAAUUUCCAGAAUCUGAUAUCCUUAAACCAGCAGUGACCACAAGUAACCACCCAGAGACAGACUACAAGAAUAAAGACUGGGUCUUUAUCAAUUAUACCUACAAGCGUUUUGAAGGCCUGACUGCUCGAGGCGCAAUACCGUCCUACAUGAAAGAUGGAAAGUAGUAACUCACAGUUGGACUUCCGGACCCUCAUUUUAGUUUGUCAACACACAUUGUCUUCUUCUGCACUUCAAAGCUUUACCUGAGGGCUGUGAACUCUUGAGAAGAAUGCUGGAUAACAUAAUAUACACUGUGAUUUACAUUACAGUGGGUUUAUCUAUGGAAAAUUUCCACAAUCUUAUUGUCUGCCUUUAUUGCAGAUUAUAUGUUUUCUGGCUUCAGUUAAAGUUCUUAUGACUGUUACUUCAACAAGAGGGAGGCAAGAACUAGCUUUUAUUUACUAACAUAGCAAAGCAUAACAUAACUGUACUUUUCAUAUGUGUUCUGUCUCACAAGUACUUCAUGAAAAUACAGCACGAUUCCAAGGGCUACACUAUUGUAGAAGAAACAAAGCAAUAAUUAGCAUGAGGUAGACAAAACUCUCAGCAACUUAUCCCACAGGUGGGCAGGUCCUAUAUUGCCUUAAAGAUCACUAUAGUCUUUUUAUACUUUGUUCAAAAGCUUUUUGGAUAUAGCAUCUUUUCAACCUCAAAACCUGUUGCACUUUACUGUUGGUACUAAAAUAGUGAACUUAAAAUGUUAAGAGUUUUCCCCCCUCUACGUUACAGAUUUGUGGAACAUUAUCUUUUUUAUAAGCAAUGUUCAGGGCAAUGACAAGGGGUAAUUUUUUGGAGAAGCUGUUUUAUGCAAUGUUUCAUUAUUUCUGCAAAGAUACAAAUCACGUAUAGUAACAUUAUAAGCUUCCCAGGGCUAAUACCUUCAAGGAGGCCUGUUUGUAACAGUUUGGUAGCAAUAUGGGGAAAAUGACUUCUCUCCUCCCUAACUUCCAGACUUUAACUAAACAGAGCCAGGAAGUUGAUACAAGCAGAUAAUUAUGAUAUGUAAGAUUUUAACUAGUAGUUUGGGAUACUUGAAACUUCAUACUUCUGAAGCUUGGGAGCCUGAGAACUCUUUAAGUGCCUUUUAAAUGCUACCUGGAAACAACUCUUAAGCAGGCUUCUUCAACCUGUGGCCUUCCAGGUGUUUUGGGCUUCAGUUCCCAGAAUUCCUGUCCAUUGAACAAGCUGGUUAAGGUUUCUGGGAGUUGGAGGCCCAAACACCUGGAGAGCUACAGGUUGGAGAGGUCUGCGUAAUGGAACUGUUCAUUUAGAAUUUCUGUGUGGUGCAAUUUUAUGUUCCAGACACCUCUCCAGGUGGCCUUGGUACUUCUUUAAAAUCAUUCAGACUGUCCAACUGAAUCCCUACCUUCCAAGUUUCUGCAUGACACAUGAUAAUAUACUUCCACUGUUGAGUAUUUCGUUCACUUGCCAUCCUUCAAAAGUAACCAUCUUAGAAAUAUACACGAUGACUUGUUUCAGAAGCACCAUACAGCAGGGUUAGUUGUAUAGAAAUGAAUCUAGUACUUUUCAAAACUCAUAAAGCAAAACCAGAGAAUGGGACCUUGAAUAGUUUGGGGACUUUCCAGGUACAUUAAUAUUUAUAUUGGGCAAUUUCAUAAAAAUGUUGAGUUUCCCUUUAGUAAAGCAUCCUGGCAGUUUUAUUUAUUCUUAUGCAACUAGACUGAAAGCCACUUAAGUGCUAGUACUUACUUAAAAUUUAGGGACCAGGACUCACUACUUGUAAAAUUUAGAGGACAUUGGUCAAAGAUCAUCAUAUCCUGCCUCAAGAAAAUCUGGUGAAGCUUGGAAUGAAAUAAUCACAGCUUCCAGUCAUUCUCCUAAAAGAUAUAUUUUAUUUUAGCCAAUUUCUGACCUCGUCCCUUUUGAGUUCAUGAGGUGGUUUCCACAUAAUAAGUAGUAUUGCUUUGUAUUAUAAAGAGUGACAUGUUUCCAAGGUGCUGUGUCCCAUGCAUUCUCCAGAUGGUCUUAUAUGCAAGUUUAGAAUAUGUCCCCCAUCUUUUUUUUGGUUGUCAUGAUUAUCAUGCCAUCAUUUUGUUAUCUAUCUUGAUACUGAGAAAGCCAAUGACUUUAUCUGUUUUCUAGAUGCAGAACUAGAUAGAAGCUUCAAUGCAAAAGAUAAUAAAAUGUUUUGCAUAUAGUUUUUUUUCCAAGAAAUGUAUUUAGAAAGAGGGAAUAAAUGCUUGUUCUUGUUUUCAUAACCUUUUGUGCCUAGUUUGCAGUUUUUACUGUGUUCUUUCGACGUGUCCCACCCUUGGUGGGACUAGAUUUUCCUUACUUUAAUGAUGGGUUUAAAGUUACAUUUCUGGUGCCUGCUGAAAUAUGUAGCAUACAUGACUGAUGCAUUUAUAAAGCCUUAAAAAGUGUAGAUCCAAUUACCUAGAGAGCAAACUAGCCAAUAACUUGCACAAAAUGUAUUCUUCUGUGUUAUGAAGAUAUAGCAAAGCAUUCUGUGCCACAGUACAACAGAUCCUAAGCGCAAGUAUUGUAUGGCAUGAGUAAAUUGGAUUGUAGGAUUGUAAGUGUGAAUAUUUUGUACUGUUAUGAAGUUUAUUGAUAAUUUGCUUUGUGUGUUGUGUAGAAUGAAUGGACCACAUUAUUGCAAAGACGUCUAAUCUUAAAUCCUUUAGUCUCAGCAAUAGCCAAGAUCAGGUUGACUUGUCAGCUGUCUAGAUGCUCGAUUGCCAUUAGUAGAAGCUACUCACAAAUAAGAACAGUAUGCAGCAACAAACUAAAACAAAUUAGAUGCAACUUGGAACAUUAAAGUCUUGACUGGACUUUUUUUUUUAGAACUGCACCCUAGAGUACAAUUUAUCUGGCUUUUUUUAGAAUACUAAAGGGGCGCUUAUCAGAUGAUCGUAUAUUUGCAGGUGUGAUGCUGACCACAGUUAAGGGACUAGGCCAUGUGUCUACAGUGAAGUUUCUUCCUGUCUUAAUCAUAGUUAAGCAUUAGGUUGUAGUGCCGUUAAGGUAAACUCAAAUUUUAUUUCAACUGGGAUUUCAAAUCAUUAGCUAAAUUUUGAGUUAAGCAAGAACUCUGAUGAACCUCCAUUGUCAGUGUGGAUGCUUAACCCCAAUUUAGGCAGGUGAACAUGCACAAUCCACAAUUCAUUUGUUCUGUUACUUUGCCCCAAGCCAUAACAAAUCAUGUAAUAAAUCAUGAAAUGUUUAGUAUCCAGCCUACUGGUUAUGCAGAUAUAUAUGUUGUUCUCUGCAAUACUACAUCAUUCUGGUAUUUUUUUCAGUAUAACUCCUGAGAGAUUAACAAUAUGAGCAUUGGCUUGCAUAGUUAUAGGGACAAAUAAAAUUUCCUCACUCAUAUUAAUAAGUAAAGCUACCAGUUGUCUAUCAUCCCUAGCAAAGUAUUGCACUUAUAGGUUGAGCAUCUCUUGUCCAGAAUUCAAAAAUCCAAAAGUGUCAAUUUGGAUAGCUAAGAUAUUAUACUCUUACGCACACAUUAAAUGUACAAAAUUAUUUAAAAUAAUAUAUAACAUUACCUUAGGCCUAUGUGUAUAAGGUGCCUAUGUAAUUUAAGUGCUAAUGAAUUUGAUACCCAGAUUUCGGUCCUGACUUCAAGAUAUUUCAUUAUAUGCAUGUAUGCAAAUGCAUGUAUUCCAAAAUUUGAAAAAGCAAAAUACUUUUGGUCUGAAGUAUUUUGAAUAAGGAAUACUCAACCUAUACGGUUAUUCAAUGUGCCUGCAUUCUGCCUUAUUUUGGCAGGAGAAAUUCAACUUUGAAUAAUUUAAAUGCGGCUGUUACUAACGGAGUGUACAAUUUCAUGUUCUUUGUAUGCGAUCCUUUAAUUUUGUGUGAAGACCAAUUCUUUAUGGAACAAUCUUUUCAUUAUGACUGUUUAAAAUUCCUCUUCAAUAAAUGUAGUUUUGCUAA